AUGAGUCGUUUUGUGCAUCAGGUAUUUGUGGAGGGCAAUAGCCUUCAGUCAUAUACUGUAGCCAUUGUGGUACCUGAUCAGGAGAGCGUGAGUGCCGCACUGUUGGUUGCCGAUUCUGAUGCCAACGUUUUAAGCUUUACAAAUCGACAAUACGACUAUUCGUCAUCCGCCCAGCGACCAAGCAGGGAAGGGGACUGGCCUUUGAAGGGAGAACUUGAGGUGGAGUCAGAAGACGAUCUUACGGUGGACGGGUUGGUACCGAUGAGCAAGAUCUGUUCCGACCCACGCACCGAGAAACUGAUCCUUCAGGAUAUGAGGCGUCUCGGGCAAGAGAAUGACCUAAAGGGAUUUGAACAGGUCAAAGUCAUCCGGCUAAUUGCCGAGCCAUUCAGCAUCGAAAAUGGAAUUCUCACACCUACUAUGAAGGCCUGUAGACAGAUCGUGCGCCGAAGAUAUGCAAAAGAGAUCGAGGCGAUGUACAUGAACCAGGACCCGGGCCGAACCUAG